UUUGGGGCUAAAAAGAGAGAAAUGAGUUUCCUCACUGUAGCUUGCUCCGCGCCAAGAGCUUUUAUGCAUCUCACCGGCGUGAAUUUGAUCUCCUCCGAUGUGAAUCGCAGUCCACAAUCGAUUUUCCCGGCGAGUUUAUCAUCACGGACCGUGAAACUUCCCGUAUGCCUCGCCGCUGUGUCGUCUGAUUCGGUACCCGAUCCUGAAUCCAAGAAUCAAACUCGGUCCCGUCGUCAGAAGAAGGAAGUUGCCACGCCAAGUGCUGAAGACGGGAAGAACGAUAAGUUUCCGACAAAGGUCCCGCGUAAAUCGAAGCGCGGCCGGCGGAGCGAAGCAGACGCUGUGGAAGAUUUUGUGAGAAACUCACUCGAGCGGACGUUCUCAACGAUACGUGAGCAGAAUCCGGAAGUUUUCGAGAACAAGGAGAAGGCUGAUUUCAUCAAAGACAGAGGCGUUGAUGAAGAGGAGGAAGAGGUAGAAGAAGAAGAAGAAGAAAAAGAAGAGAUGGUGGUGGAAGAGGAAGAUCCAGAUUGGCCAGUAGAUACAGAUGUUGGAUGGGGAAUCAAAGCUUCGGAUUAUUUCGAUACACAUCCCAUCAAAAACGUUGUUGGAGAAGACGGGACUGAGAUUGAUUGGGAAGGUGAGAUUGAUGAUAACUGGGUCAAGGAGAUCAACUGUUUGGAGUGGGAAAGCUUUGCUUUUCAUCCUAGCCCGCUCGUUGUCCUUGUAUUCGAGCGAUACAAAAGGGCUAGUGAUAACUGGAAGACAUUGAAGGAGCUUGAGAAAGCGAUUAAAGUUUAUUGGGAUGCGAAAGAUCGAUUACCACCACGGGCGGUUAAGAUUGACCUGAACAUUGAGACAGAUUUGGCAUAUGCCCUUAAAGCUAAGGAAUGUCCGCAAAUUUUGUUCUUACGCGGAAACCGGAUUCUGUACAGGGAGAAAGACUUUCGCACAGCGGAUGAAUUGGUUCAUAUGAUUGCGCAUUUCUACUAUAAAGCAAAGAGACCUUCGUGGAUCGACAAGGCUAAAGUAACCCCGUUCUGUUAGUUUGCAACAGGAACAGCGUAGUUUUCACUCAAAAGAUCACUGUAGGAAAAGAGCUAUAAAAGGUUUUGGUCAUACAGAUUGUAAGUUUGUAACAUCCUUGUAUGUUCUUUUCUAUGCAAUAUAAAGUAGUUCCCAAAUAAUGAGUCAAUCUUUCUGUUCUUA